AUGUCAAAAUCAGCGCCGUCGCCGUCGACAGCGACAUUCAUCCUCCCCAACAGCAACCCAGACAUUCCAAUCACCCAUCCCACAUCACUAAACCAAGACCAGAUCCUGACCUUCCCAGCUUUCAAGACGUGGCUGAGAACAUUACAAAAGUCGCUAGCCCUACAGCAACGACAGAAAAAACACCCAUUCCACGCGGCGCCUUAUUCUCUCAGAUCCAUCGAGAUCCAAAGCGUCGACUUCUUCUCCGGCCACAGGCUCGGGUUCUUGAAGAUGAAAGCCACUGUGGCCAAUGGUCGAGGAGAAUCAUUGCCCGGGUCGGUGUUUAUGCGUGGUGGGAGUGUUGCUAUGAUGAUUGUUCUGACGCCGGAAAUGAGACGUCCCAAACCUAAUGAUAACAAGACUGAUACUGAUACUGAUCCCGAUACUGAUACUGAUCUCGAUACCGCUACCGUUGAUGGAGGAGGAGGAAGUGGAAAAGCACAGGUAAUCUCAGGAGGCGAAGAAUAUGUGAUCCUCACGCUGCAGCCACGUAUUGCAGCCGGAUCCCUAAGUUUCGUCGAACUGCCCGCCGGAAUGAUCGACGACAGCGGCUCCUUCGCCGGCGCCGCGGCCAGAGAGAUCCAGGAGGAAACAGGUCUCGAGAUUGCCGCAGAGGAACUCAUCGACAUGACACAGCUGGCUUUACGGGCCCGAAGACCUACGACGGUGGAUCGGGGACAGAAGCCAGCCGAAAGGGAUACCAACGACACAAACCACAGCACUGAUACUGAUCUUGGACCUGAUCCUGAAACCCAGGACGCCACUGAUGCCGAUGAACCCCACCUCCAAGCAGCAGUAUACCCGUCCCCCGGCGGCAGCGACGAGUUCAUCCCCAUCUUCCUCGUGCGGAAACGUCUCCCGCGCGCCGAGAUCGACCAGCUGAAAGGGAAAUUGACGGGACUGAGGGAUGACGGGGAGAAGAUCACGCUGAAGAUCGUGCGGCUGGACGAGGUCUGGAAAGUUGCGGGGAGGGAUGGGAAGACGUUGGCGGCAUUGGCGCUGUAUGCUGGAUUGAAGGGCGAAGGGAGAAUAUGA